UCAAAAAAUCAAAAUUAAAUUCAAAAAAUUCUAUGGAUUUAUUUUAAAACAAACCAAAUUAUAAAUUUAAUAAUAUAAAUUAUGGGAAUCAAAGAACUAUGGACUGUCCUAACUCCAUACUGCGACCGAAAACCUUUCUAUGAACUCCGAGGGAAGACAGUUGCCAUCGAUUUAGCAGGCUGGGUGUGCGAGAGUCUCAAUGUUGUUGACUACUUUGUCCAUCCUCGACAACAUCUCAAAAAUCUCUUCUUUCGGACCUGUUACCUCAUUUGGGAGGAAGUCACUCCUGUUUUUGUUUUAGAAGGAACUGCUCCCAAACUCAAGGCAGAUGUUAUGGCCAAGAGGAAUGAAAUCCAAUUCCGGGGAGUUAAACCGAAGGAAGCACCUCCAACACAACCUGAUGGAGUGGUCCCAGUUGCAAAGCCAGUGAAUAAGGAAAAAAAUCGAUCAAGAUUCAAUCAUGUGUUGAAGCAGUGCGAGAAUUUGCUCCUGGCAAUGGGAAUAACUUGUGUUCAAGCCCCUGGUGAAGCCGAGGCAUAUUGCGCAUUUCUCAAUAAGAAAGGGUUAGUUGAUGGUGUCAUCAGCCAGGAUUCGGAUUGUUUUGCUUAUGGAGCCGUUAAAGUCUAUCGGAACUUCUCUGUUUCAACUCAAGGCACCUCAUCGGCUUCUGGAGGAGCUGUGGAUGUUUAUGACAUGAUCAAGAUUUGCCAAAAUAUGGAUUUUGGUCAGAACAAAAUAAUUGUCAUGGGUUUACUCUGUGGUUGUGAUUACUGUCCAGAUGGCGUGGGUGGAGUUGGUCGUGAUGGAGUGUUGAAACUCUUCCAGAGAUACUCCAACGAUGUGAUCAUUGAUAGAAUCAAAUCUUGGAAGCAAGAUGAUGACAAAUACUCGGCUCUGGAAAUGAAAGUUGACGACAAGAGCUUUUGCUCCAAUUGUGGGCAUCUUGGAAAAACCAUAAACCAUACAAAAAGUGGGUGUGCAACGUGUGGAACACAUCGUGGAUGUGACUCAAGUCGUUGGAGAGACGAACGCCUUGCUCUCAAAUCCGAGCUAGCUCUUCGCAAAAAGGCCAUGUUGAGUCCAGGCUUCCCAUCGCAAGAGAUCAUCGAUGAGUUCCUAAGAGAACCUCCCUCGAUUCCUAAGCUAAAUCUCAGUUGGAAACAGCCAAAUAUUGUAAAGUUCAUAAAACAGAUUGCUAAGCUUCUCCAAUGGCAGGAAGUUUACUGUUUUCAGAAAUUCUUCCCUCUUCUCACGCGAUGGCAGGUUCGCUUUAUCCAAAGUCAGCCUCCCAACUCUGUGGCAUAUGUGGUGCCCGAGGAGAUUGUAAAAAAGCGAACUGUCAAAGGAGUGCCAAGUCUGGAAGUUCGGUGGAAAGAUCAGAAAAGUUUCUUCCACGGACUAAUUCCUGAUAAUCAAUUAGAAAUAUUUGCCACAAAUGAUCCCAAAGGUAUUCAAGAUCUAUGGACAAGUGUGGAACCCUUGAAUCUCAUGGAAGAGGCAUAUCCAGAGAUGGUCAAGGAAUUCUUGGCAUCCAAGGAGAAGCCAAAGAAAGUGAAAAAGACCAGAAAACCUAAGGCCCAAGAUGUCUUGAAAGAUAAAACCGAUUCUUUGAAUAAUUUGAAUGAUCUCUUGGAAGCUACAAAUGAGGUAGCCAAAUCUUUAAAACCUAAAAAAGCUCCAGCGAAGUCAAAGCCGAAAAAAGGCCUUCAAAUGAUUGAUAAGUUUUUGAUUGCCAAGAAACCAGAAACAACCACAAAAUCCUCAUUCAAUCCGAGUGGUUUAUGUUCAACUCCAAAGAACAAGUGUUUGCCAUCGGAUAUCGACAGCGAUGACGAUGAUUUUGACAUGUCAGGGAUCAUAAAUGGAAUCAUAAGGAACACUGAACCACCCAUAGCCAAGCACAAUGGGCAUUUUCUUCGCUAUGAACCUGUCAAGUUGGACAGAAGUGUGGAUGAUCUCGAUCUGAUCGUGGCAGAAUCAAAGAAACGAAAUAUUUCUUGGUCAAUUUUGGACAAGUCAUCCAAGAGAUUCUCCCUGGAUGACAGCAUAGAUGCCCUGAUAGGAGGAAAGGAGAAUGCCCUAACUCAUGUCGAUAGAUUUUUGAAGAAGAACUUUUCUCUAAGCAAAAGAGCGUCCUCGUCGCUGAUAAAACAAGAACAACCCAAUUGCAAUACGAGUUACUUUUUUGGCUCGAACUGUGUUGCCGACGAUGGAGAGGAUCAGUUUGAAAAAUCUAUGGAUGUAAGUUUAUGUAAAAAGUCUUUAGAAAACGAAGCUAUAAUGAUAAGUAGUGAUAGUGAUUAA